AGCCAUUUUGGCUCAAGCCGUUUAGGCUCAAGCCCGUUUGCCCCCCCAGCAGCCCUGGACGGGGUCAGGACCGCCAGGAGAUGGCGGAGGGAGACGACGCACGUGAGGGCAUGACUUCCAACGAGAUUGCGAGACUGGAAGAGGCGUUCCAGAUAUGGGAUCGCGAGGGCCACAACAUGAUCUCGUGGCAGCCGGACUUCAAGUACCUCUGGCGCUCGAUAGGUCAGAACCCCACGAAGGCAGACAUCGAGAGGAUCUACGAGGACAACAAGACAGACAAUGGAUACUUCACACUGGACCUCUUCAUGAAGAUCUACGACUCGGAGGAGCCGCGGUAUACCAAGGACCCAGUGCGCCCCGAGGAGCUCAUCGAGGCCUUCAAGACCUUCGACAAGGACGGUACUGGCAUGAUCUCCGUGCCGCAGCUGCGGUAUAUGAUGCAGUGCCUCGGCGAUCCCCUGGAGGACGAGGAAGCGGACCAGUUCAUCGACUGGGCGGACAAAGAGAAGGCAGGCAUUAUCAAGUACGAAGACCUUGUAGAUGCGAUGUUCGAUCGCGACCCUAAGAACUGAGGGGCGACGGGCCAGUCGGCGACCCCUUUGCCGACUCAUUGGUCCCGCCUGGACUGCCUCAUCCUUAUCCUUGCCCUGAUGAAAAGAAAAAAG